AGAGAGAGAGAGAGAGAGAGAGAGAGAGAGAGAGAGAGACCUAAGGCACAGUGCCUCCAUCCUUGUCACUGUGAUCCAUAACUAUCCGCAGUCUGUCUGUCAAACGGAACUGAGAAAUCCUUGCAGUUUAUUGCGACAGAGUGAGCCGAAUUUUUCCUUGUCAAUUGUCAUUUACUUUGCUAUUUACUUUCUUCACAUCUUUCUCGUAGUUACUUGAUCAUAACCUUUUCGCUUUUCCUUUCACUGAAUCGCGCAUUCGUUUUCAGCUUGCAUGUGAUUUUUUUUUUUUUUGUUAAAUUACUCGGCCAUUGCAAUUUCGAAGCAUUCAAUAGACAAAAAAAAUCUUUUGAUUUCAUUCAAUUCGAGAAUUAAACGAUGCACACCAAGUCUGAUUCCGAUGUCACUAGUUUCGAUCCAUCGUCUCCGAGAUCUCCCAAGCGACCUGCGUACUACGUGCAAAGCCCCUCUAGGGAUUCUCACGAUGGCGACAAAUCUUCCUCAAUGCAACCAACUCCUGCUUGCAACAGUCCCACGGAGUCCCCUUUGCAUCAAUCUUAUGGUCACCAUUCCCGUGCCUCCUCUUCUAGUAGGAUUUCCGGUACGUACAAUUCUUCCUGGGGAAAGAAAGUGAAUCGGAAACGGGACGAUAAAGGGUGGCCUGAGUGCAAAGUGAUCGAAGAAGAAGGGAAUUAUGAUGGUUAUUAUCACGAUAGUGUAGGAUCGUUGAGAAGGAUUCAAGCUUCACUUGCUGUGCUAGGGUUUGUUGUGAUCUUCUCUGUGUUCUGUCUCAUCAUCUGGGGAGUUAGCAGGCCUUACAAGCCUCAGCUGAGUGUCAAGAGUUUGACAGUACAUAGCUUCUACUUAGGAGAAGGAUCAGAUUCUACAGGAGUUCCAACCAAGAUGCUGACAACGAACUGCUCAGUGAAAAUGAGCGUAUAUAACCCGGCAACAUUUUUUGGCAUUCACGUAAGCUCCAAGGCAGUGAAUCUCAUGUACUCUGAGAUUGCAGUUGCAACUGGUGAGUUGAAGAAAUCCUAUCAGGGAAGAAAAACCCACAAUACAGUGUCUGUCAACCUACAGAGAAGCAGGGUUCCUAUGUAUGGUGCUGGAGCAAGCUUAGCUGCUUCAAUUGACAACGGAGGAGUUCCAGUGAAGCUAGAUUUCAAUGUUAAGUCGAGAGGUAAUGUCGUCGGGAAGUUGGUGAGGUCAAAACAUCAAAAGCAUGUCACUUGUUUGUUUACCAUCACUCCUCACAGCAACAAACCCAUAAAACCUAAAGAGAAUGCUUGUACUUAUGACUGAUGGUCUAGCUGCAACCUGGUAGCUAUUUCAAGUCAUUCAGCGAGCUUGAAAUUAACUGCUAGACGGGAGAAAGAUUUACUAGGAAAUGGUUGUUAUUUAAGACUUGCGAUCUUAUUAUAGAAGCUUUAGUAGUGUCGCUUUUUAAUGGGAAAUGGGAUGGAUAAAAUCUUGAAGGGGAUAAUUAGUCCUUCAUUGACCUUUCUCUUGCACCUUGGAAUAAGCUGCCCUGUUUUUUAAGCUGCUAUUUCUAGCAACAUAGAUAUGUUUGUUGUGUAAUGUUUCUAGACAUGUUUAUGUUUGUUUUUUGGGUUAUGGUCAGCGGAUAUAUAAAUAUUAAAUUAAUUCAUACUGUUUUUUAAUGGGAUUCCUUUUCA